AUGGUGAUAAAGAUCAUCUUCAGACCCGAUACAUGGAAGGGCCGGGUGAGCCCAGUCCAGGAACGCUACAGUGCACUGUUCCACAACGUCCGGGCUGUCAAGCCCAGGUGGCUACAUCCUUGCACGGCAGCGGGCCAGGUUGUCGUCAUCAUGGGCGCCGACUUUUCCGCGAUCAAGACAUUAAUUGUCCCUGCGAUCAUAGCCCUGAUUCUAUACCUCGUAUUAACCUUCGCCGUCAUUCCCAUCUGGCAACGACACCGAAACCGCUACAGCCAAUAUCUUCCGCUCGAGACGAUAACCGAUGGAGCAUCAUCCCUGCGUGCACGCCUCACCGAUCGCAUUACUACAUGGUUUAUAACUUCGGCGUGGAGGGCCAGACUUCAAGAUCGCAUCGAUGUGGCUGAUAACCGCCCAAGUACUGACUUUGAUUCGGAUGACGGGGAGGAGCUGAACGAAGUGGAUGAAGCUCUCAGGAGGGCUCUGGAGCGCCGUGAACAGCCUACAAUCGACGAUAGCAAUAGGAGGCUAAGUAGAGAUUACGGGCUGGCUUCGCUCGGCGGGAUCAACUCUUCAAGACGCCGAGAUUCUCUCAAGCAUUCUGACGAGUGGCCUAUAUCAGAUUCCGACCCUCCACCAUCACGGCACAUUCCGAAUUCCCAUAUCAGCUCCGGUAUGUAUGACGAUCCCGCCUUGUUUACCCACGUGGUGCCCCGGAACAGCGGGUCCGGCAUCGUGGGGUUGAACGAAAGCUCGUUCACGGAUGGAUAG